AUGAAAAUCUGCAACUACAUCUUCGGCAAAGUGACAGACCCGUAUAGCCACAUUGAGAAGAUAAAGGGACUGCUGGAGUUGCCCGCGGAAAGGGUUAAGAACAAAUGGAGGGCCACAAAUUUUGUGCAAAGCUGUGUGCGCAGGUAUGAAGAGCAAGUGGAGGAGAAGAGUUACAAAAUAAAAAAUGACGUUCAUGCGGCGCUACGGGAGGACUUCUCCCCCUCCGAAAGAAACACCACUGAAGAGCUGCUCUUCAUCAACAGAUACUUAUACUUUGAACAUAGCACUGAGAAGAAUCUACUGGUGUGUAGAAAAAAAAUUAAAAGGAGAUUUGGGGUGAAUAGCUAUUUUCAUAAUAUUAAUAAGUCGCUUCACCAUUUGAAGAGGGAAGGGUACGUCUCGAGGGAGACGUCCGAAGUUGUGGCCGUGUUUCCAGCAAACUGCUUUAUCAAAUUUUUUUGCACGAAGGGGAAUCGCUUCUCUGCCUUUGUUAUAGAGCGGAGUGAUUGCUACGUCAACUGGGGGUAUGUCUUCCGGGGGAGUUGGCUCGUUAGGGACUCCGACUUGGAUCACUUCGCCGGUGCGGCUGCCUCGGAGGGGGGCCCUUCCCCGCGAGGGGGUGGCAGAAGAGACUCACUCAGGGGGUAUAGAGCAGUGCAGAGGCUUCCCCGAAGCGGUGCCCCUCCCCUCGCUGGUCACUCGAACCGCCCCCGCUGCUGCCUCCUCUACCAUGGCGAGGGCGUACAAAACAUCGCAUUUAUGCAGACGAGACGAUGCAAGGACGGCCCGGCUGGCCAUUUCUCCCCCCCAGAUUUCCUCACAACCGAACUUGAUGAGAAGCACCGGUGCAGCCGGCUGUUCCUCAACUCCUGUCGUUGCCUCCCCCCAAGGAAGAAGCUCCUCCUUUUAGAAGCAGACGAGAAAAACUUUCUUAGCAUAUACCUAAGUAAAGACACGAAGAGGAUUUUCCUCUUGAGCGGAAACCACCACACGAAUAGGCUCUUCCUAAUUCAGUGCAAGGACGCGCCCAGGAAGGGGACCCCCCACUAUGAGCUGAGGUUAAUCAGACUGGUAGGGCAGCCACUCCUACGAGGGAAGUUCUUCCCUGAGCAUUUUCGCCACCACGUGGUUCUCCUAAGGAAGGGGGACAACCUAACAGAAGUGUACUCUCUCCCCUGUGAUGCUCUGCAUCUGCAUGCAGGGCAACUCGGACGAGCUAAGAAACGCGGAAGGGAAAGGGUCUUCUUCCCCACCCACUCGGUGGUCGUAACGAGGGAGGAAGUACCCAUAGAUGGUCGCUUACGCAGAAUGGUAGCUCUGCAAAACUGCACGCUGCACGAUUUUGACAUGACCAGGUAUGGCCUCGUCCUCUACGCCUAUCGCUACUUUUUGAAGCCGCUUCUGUGCCUCUUAUAUUUGUUCUCCAAGCGGGGAAGACACCAUGGGCGAGGCGAGGUGGAUUCCACCUCCCCCAACAUUGCUUCUACCCCCUCCACCGCUUCUCCCUCCACCACCGCUUCUCCCUCCACCACCGCUUCUCCCUCCACCACCGCUUCUCCCUCCACCACCGCUUCCACUCCCGCAAAGGAGAGCCGCUUGGUGGCCAAAAUGAAGAUCCUCUCCGUGCCCAUCGCCAAGGGAAGCCUGCAGGGCGGAUUGAACAGCCGCUUCCAAAGCCACCUCAUAAGUGUGUACAUCUGCAACCCGUUUGUGAGCAGCACCCGGGUGGUGGUCGACCUGCGAAGGGGGGCGGUGGCCCUUCCGAGGAACGUCCAGGGGGGGCAGCCCCCGAGGGGGGGAAAUGAAAAAAAGGAGGAAAAUGAAGAAAAUGAGGAAUAUCCGCAAAAUGUGGCAAAUCCGCAAAAUAUGACCAAACUGACCAAAAUGACAAAUCCGCAGAGUGACCCCUUCUUCCGGGCGAAGAACAACCUCCGCUACGACCGCGAACUUGAAGGCAUAUUUGCAAAAAAUAAAAACUACCAAAUUAGGGACCUCUUCAUCCCCACCCAGGAGGGGGGGGAGCUGCCAGUCACGCUCAUCUAUAGACGCAGGCGUAAUGGCAACCUGUAUCAUAAUGAGAAGGACCAUUACAAGGGCUUUUCCAAACAUGUAGAAGAGGAGAGUGCCUCCUUCACCGUGAGCGCUACCUCCUGGGGAGAUCUAUGCGUGCAUUUCUCUUCACCACCGAGAUGGAGCCUAGACGUGGGGGUGCAAGUGGAAGAGCACCUCCCUCUCUUCAUUAAGCCAAGCAAAACCAUCAUCAACGUCUACCCCUUCUAUCGGCAACUGAACAUUUGCAGCUACUCGGAUGAGUUCCACUUCCUCCUUUUGAGUAAUUUCAUCCUCGUUUAUUUUCACCUGACCGGUUCAGGCGGAUUACAGGAGGGGAUAAGAAGCCCCCUAUACAGAGACACCGCAUGUAACAAGCUGCGAACCAUCCGGGACCUCACCGAUUCUAUCAACUGCUUGAAACACUUGAACGUUAGUGAGACGGACAGCAUGACCAUCCAUUUGCAUUCCAACAGUGGCCUCCUGGGGGGGUUCCUGCUAAAUGGGCAGAGGAAGUUUCUUCAAAAUGUCAUUUUGGUUAACCCUAUGAUGGACCACUUUAAUAACCUCACCGAAGAGACGAACGCUCAUGUGCAUUCGGAGAGACUCGAGUUCGGUCGCAUCGACCCUGCGGCCUUUCUGCUGAGGGGAGGCCGAGCCGCCCCCCCCACUGGGUUGUCGCAGCGGGGGGGAGGUACUUCUCAUCAGAGUGGAGAAACCCCUCAACAGAGAGGAGGAACCCCGCCAGGCGGUAAACACAGGCAACCCCGCGUGGGGAAGCGCCGAAGAUUUGUCCCCCUCCCACGGAGAGGCGCAUGCCAAACGAAUCUGCUCCUUCUCCGCGCACUGUGCCCAUACAGCAACGUAGACCCAUCCUGCAGCGAGGUCUUCUCCCCCACAAAACAACCCAAUCAGAGGAUCCCAUUCACACUUAGCGUAACCCCCCAGAGAGACAACCUCUUCGCAAGUGCUGUUCUCCUCUACCUCAAUAAGUAUGAUGUUAUUUGCAAAAAUGCAAAUGCUGUGAAGUAUUUUUUAAAAUACCUUCACUACGAGCGUGUGCAUGUGCGGUUCUGUUACUACUCCUUUGGCUUUGAUUCUGUGGGAGGCAGGGUAAACUUCCUCAAUUUCCACAGCGGGGAACCCCCGGGGGAGGGGCAGAAGCAGCCCCUGUACAUUUCCUUCUCCGACCGCGGGGGGCACGGCGGGCUCGCGGACUACGACUCGCUGCUGCGCCGGACGCUGGGCCGCAUCCACUUUCUGCAGCGGGGGAGCGGUGUGGGAAGCGGUAUGAAGAGCUAUGACGCGGUGUGA